ACAACAGCCGCUAGAUAUCCGCUUAUCCUCCCCCAAAGUCACCGCAGGCGCAGCAGCAGGCUUCCCUCGUCCAAGAGAGCACGGAGACUCCACCGAGUGAUGCCACUGCUGCAGCAAGAAAAACACCAAGCUACCGCGCAUACUCUCAACGCCUGCCGGAGGACCCGACACCACAGUCUCGGCCUUUGACAGAAGAGAGAACCCCCUCCCCACCCCCUAGGCUUCGUUCCGUCCUGACUCCAGGAUGUCCGACAGCAACGCAAGUCCCUCCGAUCGGGUGAUCAAAUCGGUCCCCUUCCCCCUGGCCCAUCGACUUACCAUGAAAGAGGUCUUUGACUCUGAAGGCCGGCCACGGGUGGACCUGCUCAAAGCUCACCUCACCAAGGAGGGCCGUCUGGAGGAGGCUGUUGCACUGCGCAUCAUCGACGAGGGUGCUGCCAUCCUGCGCCAGGAGCGCACUAUGUUGGAUAUUGAGGCACCAGUCACAGUGUGUGGAGAUAUUCAUGGACAGUUUUUCGACCUGAUGAAGUUGUUUGAAGUGGGAGGUUCUCCUGCCAAUACACGCUACCUCUUCUUAGGUGACUAUGUGGACCGGGGCUACUUUAGCAUUGAGUGUGUAUUGUACCUGUGGUCACUGAAAAUCCUCUACCCAAAGACACUCUUUCUUCUGCGGGGAAACCAUGAAUGUAGACAUCUGACGGAAUAUUUUACCUUCAAACAAGAAUGUAAGAUCAAGUACUCGGAGCAGGUGUAUGAUUCCUGCAUGGAGGCGUUUGAUUGCUUACCCUUAGCAGCCCUGAUGAACCAGCAGUUCCUGUGUGUGCAUGGGGGACUUUCGCCAGAGAUACACACACUUGACGACAUAAAGAAGUUGGACCGGUUUAAGGAGCCCCCAGCAUUUGGGCCCAUGUGUGACCUGCUGUGGGCUGACCCCCUGGAAGACUUUGGCAAUGAGAAGACCCAGGAGUACUUUGGCCAUAACACAGUCAGAGGCUGCUCCUAUUUUUACAGUUACCCAGCAGUGUGCGAAUUCCUACAAACAAACAAUCUACUGUCAAUCAUCAGAGCACACGAAGCACAGGAUGCUGGGUAUCGUAUGUACAGGAAAAGCCAAACUACAGGUUUCCCCUCCCUCAUUACAAUCUUCUCUGCUCCAAACUACCUGGAUGUCUACAACAACAAAGCUGCAGUGCUUAAGUACGAGAACAAUGUGAUGAACAUCCGUCAGUUCAACUGCUCUCCUCAUCCCUACUGGCUGCCUAACUUCAUGGACGUCUUCACGUGGUCACUGCCUUUUGUGGGAGAAAAGGUGACUGAGAUGCUCGUCAAUGUCCUCAGUAUCUGCUCUGACGAUGAGCUCAUGAACGAUGGAGACGAGAUCUAUGAUGCCAGUGCAGCAGCAGCGAGGAAAGAGGUGAUAAAGAACAAGAUUCGAGCCAUUGGGAAGAUGGCUAAAAUGUUCUCUGUUCUACGGGAGGAGAGUGAGAAUGUGUUGACACUGAAGGGACUGACCCCUACCGGAAUGCUGCCCAGUGGAGUGCUGUCUGGAGGCAAGCAGACCCUACAGAGUGCUACCAUUGAGGCCAUAGAAGCCAUCGAAACAGUUAAGGAUGCUGAAGCCAUCAGAGGCUUUUCCCCGCAGCAUCGGAUCAGCAGUUUUGAAGAGGCCAAAGGUCUGGAUCGGAUCAAUGAGAGGAUGCCUCCACGACGCGACGCGGUCAACAGUGUGGGCUUGUCUAUGGGCCGAAUGAAUAUGGGAGAGCCCAAUGGGACCGACAGCAACAGCAAUAUACAGUGAUGCAUAUUCACUCCCAGAUGCCCAGCCACAAACCUCCAGUUACAACUCUGAAAUGGUAUCAUAUUUAUAGAUUCCUGUAUAUAUUCAUAUAUACACAAGGGAAAUGGAUCACAGACAUGAACAUACACACGAAUCAGUAUUUCAUACUGAGGCUAUUGACAACAUUAUACACACAUACAAUCAUAUGCACCACACAAUUACCUAAUCCUCUCUUGUUGCCCUCAGCAGUAUGUAAAGGCAUGAGCAUACCUGGACUUUAUCACCAAAGGCUGACUUUCUUCAAAUGAACUGACAAGCUGUACUUAGUGAACUUUAAUCUCCCAUGUACCUGCACACCAACAGAAAAGAAGCUACAAAAACGUUCUCUGUGGACAAAAGCUUGGCCUGCUGUUCACCAUCUGUGUUGGGGAAUACUGGUGGGUGGACAGUGUCAGUAUGAUGUGGCUGUGUUGGUGGUGUGUUGUGUUGGAUGGGUCAAGUGUUUGAAAGGGGGAGGGCUGCAGUUGGUGAUAAAGAUUGGAAUUUAACAUUAUGUAUGCCUCUUUUUACUGUUUGCAUCCCUGAACAGGAAGUGAAACUAAACUAGUGAUUGGCUGAUUUUAUAGGGUUAUGGAUAUGCCUGCCUGUGUGUGCACAAUGCUCCAGAUGUAAAUGUCUGUGCAGUUAUAUCGGAAAAUGUGUUUUGGUUGUUUUUUUUUGCAAACAAAAGAAGAUAUCUCCAUCGGUCAGAUGACAGCAAGAAAACGUUUGACUGUGGCAUGGUGAUUUAUCUGUUGCCAAGAGAUGGGGGUAGUCUCAGCUGCAGUCUAAUCUGAGCCCUUGCUGUCCCCCUUCUUCUCAGGAGGAGAUUCUUUGUUACCUGUUACUACACUGAACUCAUCCUCCCCUUGAAAUAAAGUGAAGGAUUCCCUACAACUCUGGUCCUAGCCCAGUUAGCUCUUGGGAAAGUUUGAAACUGGGCCAAGUUCUGAUUUGAAGUGUUUCUCCCAGCCCCAUUUGUAAAUAUGACUCACAGAGAGGUUUUAUUGCACAUGUGGUGCAUAUGGUCACAAAAUGCAAGAUGCAGUACGACAAAAGUUGGAUGAUCUGUAUAUGAUGGAAUAGGGGUGAGUUGAAAUGUGAAAUCGUUCCCUAUAUAUUCUCUUUCUACAUCCUACUUUCUUCCUCUGUUGCUGUCGCUACUGAACAGCUAGCAACAGCCAGGAGUCUGGCCAAAAAAGCAGCUGUCAAGACAGCAAGGAUGAGGCAGAAGGUCUUUGUAAAGCAUUUAUAUUAACGCAUCAGUGCAUGCUGAGUUAAGUUCUUUGAUAAUAAUGUGAAGAUUAUAUUUGUGCUCUGUGUUUUACCAUGGUAGGACAUUUUGUUUUUUGUUUUGUUUCUCUGGUUAAUAUAAAUUAAAUGAGAAACAACGAAUAAGUUAUUUUAUACAUAAUAUUUAUUUACUAAUUUAUUUUUUAUUCAUUUAACUUAAGAUUUCUUUCAUUUUUUUCUUUCUUUUCUUCUUUCUCACAAUGUUUGCUCCACUUUCUUUUGAUGCUGUACAGAAUGACCAUACGCUUCUUUUCAGAGUGUCAAGUCAGCGUUCUCUCCUCUCUUAUUUGUCAAUGUACAGGAGUCGUUUUUAAUGAUAAAUAUGAAAAAUAAUAAUUAUUUAACAAGUACUGAUGAAUGACCAUACUAUAUACAGAGGCACAGGCAUUCAGGCAGCCAAAAGCAUGAUUGCAUGGUUAGAAUUUGCGCUGUUCAAAGCAAAAAACAGCAAGACACAUGUUAACAGAAGAGCUGGUGUGUUGCCGUCACAAUUUUAAGGAAAAAGUGUACUCUGAUUAUAAUUCUUGAUGAUUCCUCUUGUUAUUUGAUGAUAUUUAUUACUCUAUGAUUAUUACGAUUCUAUUCAUUAUGGACAUUAUUCUUAAUAUUUAAGCUCUCUCUGCUGGUUGCUCCUCCUGUUACGUUGCUCUUUGAUUGAUCUUGUUGUGCUUCUUUGGGAGAGAUGACCCCCCCUGGGAGACCCUGUGCCAUAGAAAUUGUGCCACGGUUCUUUCUCUCUCUCUCUCUCUCUCUCUCUCUCUCUCUCCCUCUCUUUCUUUCUCUUUCUGUUUUGACUCCCCAGUCACUAACACUGUAAGCAUGCCCCAUGGGACGAUCCACUUUUUUUACUCUUGAAUAAAAUAUGCAUGAACCUUU